CGGUUUUGGGGUGUCCUUAACCAGUACAGUAGACCGCAAUUCGAUUAUAACGGCGUUAAUUAAAACCGUCAGAGAAGACUUGUAGACUUGUAGUAUUCGUCUCUUUCCCUCUCUCUCUCUCUCUCCCUAGGAAAGAAGGAACAAAAGCAAAGCUUCGUCGUAGUGCUAAUAACUCGUUUUCUUCUCUCACUCCCACAAAUCCAUCGCUCUGUAAAACCGUCUUCGUUUCAUCUUUCCGGCGACGUAUUCCGAAUUCCGAGAGCAGGUUUUGAGGUGUUCUACUGUGUCUUUGUGAGGAGAGGUGCUUAGUAGCUAUGGGGAAUGCUUGUUGUGUUGCUUCUCGAGAGAAAGUGGUAGUGCCUAAUACAUCAGCAUUCGAGAAUCUGCAAAGAAACAAUGUGAGGUAUUCACCAAAUUGGAGCUUCCGGUGGGAUAACAGAGGACGAGUGGCAGGUGAAGACACCUCUCUGAGUUGGUUGUCUGAUGGGAUUAGUCGUAACGAUGGCUCUGAUGUCAAAUCCGAAUCUGCGUUUGUAUCAUCAGAAGGGUCCCCUCUGAACAAUUUUCAGACCCACUCAUGGCAAAAGUCCCCUGCUUCCGAUCAAUCUUUUUCAAGAUUUGCAUCCAUUGACACUGUCUCUGAACAGAUCACCCAGAACACUGCUACUUAUCGAUCUCCUGCAAAACGGUCUCUUUCAUUGGCUUCUCAACCAUCGUCCUUGUCGACGUCACCACUAUCUUACCAGAGCCACUUGCCGAUGCCACCUGCAAGUUCAUCGACACUGAAGUUGACACCGCACCAUCGUCUAUCAAAGCAGGUCUCUGAUGGUCAAGUCUUUGGAUUUAACUCACCAAGCAGAAGCUCAGCGAACGAAGAGAGGCUGGGAAAUGAAUCUCACUCUGGGCCGUCUGAUGCUUGGUCCAUGCAAGCCUUUUCAGAAAUGAUGGCGUAUUCCCGCAGAGAGUCUUGCUCUUAUGAUAGCGAGUGCUUAGGGCUUCGACGUGACAAGAUAGACCAUCAAGGAAACCGAAAGUCCAGUGAUCAGCAAACCUGUGGUGCUUGCUCGAGAUCCUUGUCUCAGAAAUCGCUGUUGAGUAGCCAAAAGAUCUUUGCCACUAACGAGCUCUCUGUAGCUGCGAUUCUAGCUUGUGGACAUGCCUAUCAUUCUGAGUGUUUGGAACAGAUGACACCUGAAAUCGACAAAUUCGAUCCUCCAUGUCCCAUCUGCACAUUGGGUGAGAAAAAAACAUUCAAGCUGUCGGAGAAAGCAUUAAGGGCGGAUUUGGAAUUGAGAGCUAAGCAAAACAAGAGACUAAGAAACCGCGUUGUGGACAGCGAUGACUUUUUCAUGUUUGAUCACAGCCGCAAAACAGGAGCAGCAGCAGCAGCAAGCGGUACUGAACACAAAGGUAAACUCCCGAAGCUGCUUUCGAGUUCAAGCUUGAGAAGCUAUUCCCCAAAGCCUUUCCUUGCACGACACUUCUCGUUCGGGUCCAGAAGUAAAAGUCUUAAAUCCCCGAAAGAGAAUCACUCUGCGAUCUCUUUAAGAAAGAAAGGCUUCUUCUGGACUAAAUCUACGAAACUUUAAAACUAAUUUGCUUCGUAAGCUAGGGCAGCGCUACUGAUCAAAGGUAUACAUUUGUUUGGGUCUAUGUUAGAGAGUAUCUCACAAGUCUCAACAAAAUCACAAGUCACAUCUGUUUUGUGUCCAUUUUUCUUGUGUUGUGCAAUUUCAAAUUUCCACACUUGUAAAUACAAUAAUUUUAAUAAUAUAAGGUUAAUUUUGAUCUGGCUUUGUCCAAGAGGUGUGAUUGAUUGGA